AUGGUCCGAUUGGUGACUCUGUCUAGAGAUGUCUCUCCACCGCCGACCAGAAGGAACCAAAUCGCUUCUGACGAAAGCAGCUCCAAGGAGGAAGAUGUUUUGCAGCAUGGAGAGCCCACCCUGGCCGCCAUAGAAGCUGGCGAGGCGCACAUUCGCGAUCACUUGUCAUACUUUUUGAGACGCCUCUCGAAGGUGUCUAGACCGGUCAUUGAUGCUCCGAGGCUUGCCUUGUCGGAGUUUUCUGAACUCUACAGGCGCAGCGAACACAAGAAUGGCCGGCAUUUCGUGGUGCAUCAGCACGAUCAUCCUAUCUCUGGCGUUCACUACGAUUUACGACUUCAAUUCUCAUCGACUUCCACGAUCAGCUUCGCCAUACCAUACGGAUUGCCGGGCAACCCGAACUCCAUGCGACCAAAUCGGAUGGCGAUUGAGACUAGAGUCCACAAUCUUUGGAAUAACUUGAUCGAGUCAGCCUCAUACGCCACUGGAUCGCUUCUGAUUUGGGACACUGGAGAGUACGAGAUUCUGCCUCGCUACAACAAGAAAGCGCAGAAGAUGACUGACGACGAAGAAUCGAGCCAAGACGAUGUUGAGAUGCAUGGAAUGCGAACCCAGAGUGAGCUGUUGGUAGAAGCCUUCCAAAGUCGCCACAUUCGUCUUCGCUUGCAUGGUACUCGUCUGCCACCGGGAUACACUGUCGCACUCAGGCUGCCCUCUCAUAACGAUCGGACGGCUCAACCCAGCAAGCCGAAACGGAAACGACGAAGGACUAACGUUCCACUCAAGCUGAAGAAGCACCCUCCAAGUGACAGCGAGUCCGAGUCGUCUGAUAAGACCAGUGUCCCGAACAUUGACCAGGAUGAAGCCAAGGACGUAGCCGCAGCCUCAGACGGUGAGGAGGACACCGCAAUUCGGGUCAACAAUGCAUAUCCGGGCGCCUUCAACACUAUCGGCUCAAUUCAUCAGCGGUACUGGUUCCUUGCCCUCGAUCGACCCAAUUCAGGAUUUGUCAAGGCCCAUACCGGUCGUUGGGUAGGCGACUGGGACGCCUUCUAUGUGUAUGGUCGCGAUCACGAGCGGAGUCUGAUCACAGCUCGACUUGCAGAAGAUGUCAUGGCUGAUGAUGGCAUUGACGCUUUCGUGGGACGAAAGAUGUGGCGGCCGAUCGUUGAGUGA